CUGCGACUGACAUUCAGAAGGCAAAAAUGGUUGCCAUUUUCGAGAACUCCUUGCUGCAGCACAAAACACGUUACCAGCUCUUGGCCACGGUUAUUGUGAACAUCAUUACCUUUGGCCAUGGCGUGGGAGUGGGCUGGCUCUCGCCCACUCUGACCAAAAUCCAAUCGGUCGAUACACCUCUAGGGUUUGAAGUCAAUCUGACAGAGGUAUCCUGGCUGGGCUCCAUGCUGGGACUGGGCAGUGUGUGCGGUAACUUAACCAUAGCCCUGCUAAUUGAGAGGGCUGGCAGGAAGUUCUGCCUCUACUUGAUAGCAGUACCCUAUGCGUGCAUUUGGAUCUUGAUAUACUGCGCCUCCAAUGUGUACUUCCUGUAUGCAGCGCGCUUUUUUUGCGGCUUUACUGGGGGCGCUGGCUACGUGGUGGUGCCCAUUUUCAUCAGCGAGGUGGCCGACAGCAGCAUUCGGGGGGCCCUCACUUCGAUGGUGAUGCUAUCUGUCGAUUUGGGUAUACUGGCUGGCUAUAUACUCAGCACUUAUCUGGACUAUCAUGUCGUACCCCUUCUGGCCAUUAUCUUGCCCGCUGCCUACUUUAUGGCCAAUUUAAUGCUGCCCGAAACGGCACCGUAUCUCUUGAAGAGGAGCCAACUCUCUGCAGCCGAGAAGUCAUUUAGAUACUAUAAAAAUCAGCGGGAUGCAAUCAGCGAACGCACCUCAAAGGUCGACUUUGAGGAGCUUCGAACAGCCGUGCUGGCACAGCAGAACAGGAAUGCCACGCCCCUGAGCUACAAGGACCUCAUGACCAAGCCCGCUCUCAAGGGAUUCGGGGCCUCCAUUGUCCUCUGUUUGGGCUACCAGUUCAGCGGCGUCUUCAGCUUCAUCAACUACAUGUCCGACAUAUUCAAGGCCUCGGGCUCUAUUGUGGAUGUCAACACGGGCACCAUUAUCAUAGGAGUUGUUCAGAUCGUUGGGGUCUACACCUCCACCAUCCUGGUGGACAUUGUGGGCCGUCGGGUUCUGAUGUUGAUCUCCACAAUGGGAGUGGGAGUUGGGUGUAUUGCCUUCGGUUGCUUUACGUACUUUGCCCAAAUCUACGAUCUCAGCAACUUCAACUGGCUGCCCCUGGUGCUGAUGAUCAUCAUCUGUUACGUGGCCAACAUUGGACUAAUCGGAAUCUUCUUCCUGGUGCUAGUGGAACUGUUCCCAGUCAAGAUUCGCUCCCUGGCCACAUCGCUUUCUGUGAUUUUCCUGAGUUUGGUGCUCUUUGGCACCUUGAAACUCUUUCCCCUGAUGCUGCACUACUGGGGCAUAUCCAUAACCAUGUGGUUCUCCGCCGCCUCGGGGCUACUCACCUUCCUUUACUUCUGGCUGUUCUUGCAGGAAACCAAGGGAAAGUCCAUGAUUGAAGACUAAUAGGCUUGCUUUUCUGAGGUAUCAACUAGCUUUCCUUUUCAUUGCUUCGAAGAACUAACUAGAAAUCCUACUAAAUAAAAAAAAAAAUAUAAAAAAAAUAACUGAAGACAAUUAAAGAAAUAUACAAGUAGAAAUAUACAA